AUGGCUUCCAGUCGUACUUGUACUCCGCCACCCCCGACAACACAUCAACUCGCGUCCAACACUCCUCUGAGGUCGAAGCCUGCUCCUUCUCACCCGCUAUCUAGCAAUAAAUCUGUUAACCUGGACGUGACGGAGCGCGCCAUCCAAACCGAAUUAAAGGGUGUCAUGUUGGAAGACGUGGCAGGACUUCCGGAGGCCGUCUUCCCGUCGUCCUCGCUUCCAGUGGAUAUUGAAGACGCCCUUAAACAUCUGUCUUCUCAUACUGUCGGCCAAUAUUGUUCGGACUCCUGGACCAACCUCACGCGACACUCGCUGUUAAACGUCGCUAUCGAGGAACGAGAGGCGUAUGUCUGUAACCAGCUCAACGACAUCGUGGAAGCCGUAUCCAACUGGAACAAGUUCUCUGGACCUCCAGCUCGCCAGUGGACUGGUCAUUUUGCUACUACUCCUUUGGGCGUAACGGACCAUGCUACGGUGGAGGCUUGCCAGAGGAAACCGGACGGUGUUCUCCUUCCCAGCGGCAUGGACCACGCGCAGGCGAGGCGACGCGAUGCGGUCGCAUUUCUGGAGUUCAAGACCAACCAGGAUGGUGCUGGUCACGGUAAAUCCUCGAAGCAGCUCGCAGAGAACGUUUGA